AUGAAGAACGUCGGCGUAAUCAUCAGCUUUUUCGCGGCGAGCAUCGUUUCGGCAUCCACAGCGAUAAAUGAAAGCCCCUCAGUGAAGAUUGGGUGUACGACCUAUCAAGGAGUUCAGAAGGAGGAUGCAGGCGUCAACGCUUACUACGGCAUCAGAUAUGCCUCGCCCCCAACAGAGGACCUAAGGUGGAGGGCACCAGUUCCUCUUGAUCCAAGGAAUGCUCCUGUCGGCUUUGUAAAUGCAACCACCAGAGGGCCGGCUUGCCUGCAGAACUCACCUCCGUGGCAACCUGCUAGUUCCUACAUAAUGAUCGAAAGCGAAGAUUGCCUGCUAAUGGACAUUGUAACACCGAUCAAUGUCAAAGGUAAAUUGCCAGUUUUAGUCAAUAUUCAUGGAGGCGGUUAUGUCUCAGGCGUGGCAACCCAGGGAGACAGCAUAGUUUACCACUCGAACGGAAGCAUCAUCUACGUCGCCAUCCAGUAUCGGUUAGGCCCGCUUGGUUUCCUAGCUGGCGAAGAAGUAGCGUCAGAUGGAACACCCAAUGCUGGUUUGCUGGACCAGCGCGCCGCACUUGAAUGGGUGCGUCAGUACAUCCAUCAUUUCGGGGGUGAUCCGGACAAGGUAACCAUCACAGGCGGAAGUGCCGGUGGUGGCAGUGUAGUGAUGCAGAUGAUUCUUGAUGGAGGCGAGCAAAAUCCCCCAUUCAGGGCUGUGAUUUCAGAAUAUCCCUGGAUGACUCCCAUGUACCCGACCGACUGGUAUAAUAAACAGUAUGAGGGUCUCCUGUCUGCUUCCGAUUGUGACGACAUCGCCUGCCUGAGAAGUCUCCCUGUUGAUAGCUUGAAGAGCGCAACUAAAAGUGCCGCUGAGAUCGCUUAUAACAAUGGUGAUUUCGGGUACGGAACAUUUUACUGGGGUCCUAGCGUUGACGGCAAACGUAUCCGGGACUAUCCUCUUAACGAGUUCCGCAAUAGUCAUUUCACCAAAGUGCCAUUUGUGGUCGAUAGGGAAGGUUAUGAGGGUUACGUAUUUACUAACCCUUCUACGAAAGCCGAAGAAGACGUCGCUACGUCACUCGAGAUGAUUUGGCAAACUAAGAACAAGACCUUCAUUAACCAGGUUCUAGAACUUUACCCUACAGAUCAAUUUAACGCUACUCUUCUGGACGAUUUUCGAGGGCUACGUGUUCUAUCGGGAAAUACUACUAUCAAAAACUCGUUUGCAAAACUUGAAAACAUAGUAUCCGAUGUCCUUAUCGAUUGCCAAACCUCCGCUAUCGCCAAAUAUAUUUCCAACAAUGGGCUAGCUGCUUACAAGAUGACUUUCAACGCUGGAUCUCAACUCCAUGGAGCUACGAUGGAAUUCUUAUUCUCUUCUUCUCCCAACCCAACCGGAGCAGCCGGGGCUGGCGGCAUUCCUAUCGCCUACCCUAACGCCACCCUAGCCUCGUACAUGCGGGACUACUUUGUCUCCUUUGUCCUCUAUAUGGAUCCCAACCAAUACGCCUACGGUCAAAAGCCACCUAGCUGGCCUCGAUUUACCAAAGAGGACCCAAAGGUGCUCCGCGUUGAAUUUGAGAGCAUCGGCGCCAGCCUUGAUCCGGAAGACAGUCCUCAAUGCCGCUUCCUUACUGCGGCGCCGAGAGAUGUCUUCGGGGUUUAA